AUGUCACUAGUCGCGUCACCUCUGCGGCCACUCAGCUACCUUAAGCAAGCUGUACGACAAUGCCGCAAUGAGCGAGAGCAAUGCAGACGAUACGCAACAGCAGCCGCAGUCCAAUAUCCUUCGCUACAGACUCGCUACCCUCCACCCUCGCCCGGCUUUCGACCCUCACAAGCCAUUAAGCAGAACCGCAGCGAAGAAGGGAUGAAGCGCAUCCCCGUCGUGCCUCCACCCCGCUCCACUGCCAAAGCCUGCCCCGACCCCAUCGCAACCCUCACCCAAUCCCAGAUUGCCGUCCUCGACCCCUCCGGCGCCCGCACCCGCCUCUUCUCCCCGGCCAACCCCGACCGCCUUCAACCCGGCGAUAUCCUGCUCGUCCGUCUCCGCACCGGCGACCCCGUCUCUGGCGUUGUCCUUGCAAUCCGACGUCGCCAUCAACCCAUUGACUGGGCCGUCUUACUCCGUAACCAACUCACGAGAGUGGGCGUGGAGAUGUGGUUCAAGAUUUACAGUCCGAAUGUGGAAGGGAUGGAGAUUGUGCAGCGCAAAGAGCGGAGGGCAAGGAGGGCCAAGUUGUACUACAUGCGCAAGCCACGUCAUGAUGUGGGUAGUGUGGAGGGUCUGGUGCGGCAGUAUAUGAGGCAGAGGAUGGGUGGGCCGAUGGCAAGUAGGGAUGCCAAAGGGAGGGAUGGGAAUAGUGGCAGUAAGAAGAAUAAUAAGCGUGGCAGAAACUAG